AUGGAACCACCAAGAGGUAACAAACGAAACACACUACCACCACCGAAGUGGGCACCACCACCAAAUUGUGCACCACCACUGAAUCAUAAUCAAGCACCACCACCACCGAAUCGGUACUAUACACCACCACCACCAUCGACUCACUACUCUCAAACACACCAACAACAAUACUAUACACCACAACCUGCUAGUCCAGCCUACGGCUACAACACCUCCGCCUCCCAAGUUGCUGAAGAAGAAAAAGACGAUGAGGUUGAAGAAUGUGAUGCUCGUGGGAAGAAAAAGUUUGCCGGGAGGAAGCCGCGUGAACUAUGGACGGAAGCACAAGAGGUGGCGUUGGCUCAAGCAUGGAUUCAAAUCUUGGAGUGUAAGAAAUUUGGGAACGAACAAAAGGCGAAAGGGUUUUGGAAGCGGAUUCUUCAACACUAUGCUACUACCUUGGGUUCGACUACACGAACCUUUCAUAGCUUGACUACCAAGUGGAAGGUGAUGAAUGCGGAGAUGGGUAAUUUCAACGGGUUGUUGAUUCAAGCUCAAUGUUUGUGUUUACAACGACCGUUUAUGCCAAGCAAUGUUUCUGUUUCUUUUCGUGCAAAGGGAAGUGGAUGCAAUGACUUGGAUAUUACGACGACCGCUUUGUCCGAUUACUAUACCAAAACGGACAAGCAUCUUACGCAUUUACCAGCGUGGAAUGUGGUGAAAGAUCAUGACAAGUGGAAGCAACAAGAAUGUUUCUCUAAAUAUUGUAGGAAUGGGAAUCCCGACGUCUAG